AUGACUAAGUCACCAGGAAAAGCUACUAACACCACUGAAGAUCCAUCUCCGGUCAAAUCAAAGAGGGCUGUUGCGUCUAACAAGACUGGUGGUUCAAAAUCCAAGAAAAAGAAGUGUACUACAAUUGUAAAGGUUGAAUCGAAGGUAGUUCCGAUGACUCAGCGCCUUCGAACCAGGGGUCGAAACUCUCCCGAAAAUCCAACAACUAUCUCAGCACCUCCCACUGUUGAAGACGACAAUGGUGACUCUGUCACAGAGAUUCUGUGA